AGCGAAGCAAACAGAACCGAACUAAAAGUUGAAGUUUAUCUAGGCAACCUGUGAAAAGUGAGAGAAACAAAGAAACAAAAACAAAAAACAGAAACCGAAAAGUGUCGAACUAGUGAAAAAUUGUGAGAAAUUCUCAGAUAUUCUACACGAAAAAAAAACAGUGUGCAAAAUGUUGAAACUAUUCAAGAAAACCAAAGACAAAAUACCCAAAUCGGAAAUAAUCACCGAGCCAAAAGAGCCGAAAACGCCGCCCGUCUCCAAAUGCGGCAAGCCCUUGCAGCUGGACAACUCGCGCUGGGAGCGCCGGCUGCACAAAGAGCUGAUGUCCCUGAUCAAGGAGCCGCCACCGGGUGUUACCGUCGACACCGAAAGUGUACAGCAAAACCUAUCCGAAUGGAAAAUAAACAUUAAAGGUUUCGAGGGCACCCUUUACGAGGGCGAGGACUUCCAGUUGCUGUUCAAAUUCAACAAUAAAUAUCCCUUUGAUUCGCCUGAGGUGACCUUCAUUGGCAGCAAUAUACCCGUGCAUCCACAUGUCUACAGCAAUGGACACAUCUGCCUGUCCAUUCUGACGGAGGACUGGUCACCGGCGCUGUCCGUGCAAUCCGUGUGCCUUAGCAUAGCUUCCAUGUUGAGCAGCUGUCGCGAGAAGAAGCGGCCUCCAGACAAUGCGCUCUACGUCAAGACCUGCAGUAAAAAUCCCAAAAAGACUAAAUGGUGGUACCACGAUGACUCUGUUUAGUUAAAGUUGCAAUUUAUUACUACUGCCGCCUGCUGCUACUGCUGCUGCUGUUGUUAAUACAGAAAUAGAGCAAAUAUGAGGAAUACAUAAAUAGACACGCAGCCAAAUCGAUCCCAGGCAGGGGCACACCACACAUGACCCAUCCAGAAACUGCGCCAAGACACUGAACUGCUUAAGCUUUAGAGGAACUAUCACAGGAGGAGAAAGCAAGAGGAGAACAUCAAAUCAAAUCAACAAUAAGACAACUAACUAACAGUAGUGAAUGGCAAACAAUCAACGUGCCGCCGGUCAGGCAUGGCCCCACUCUAAUUCUAGCUAUCUGUAAUCAACGAAAGGCGUGUGCGAAACCCUAUUACUAAAUGUUAACAUUUUAAAUUAGAUUAUUAAGACCAAAUUAAAUGUUAUGCUAUCAUCUAA